AUGCUCAUCACGCUGUGUUACCUGUACUUGUGGGCGCGAUGGGGGUGCCGGCCGCUCGCGCUUGUCCGCACCACCGUGCGGAGGCUGUUCGCCUCGCGCUGCUCCUUCACCUUCUGCGGCGCGGGCGCCCAGCCGAGGGGCGCCCGCGUAUGUCUGAGCCGUGGCGGCCGGGUCUUCUGCGUCGGCGAGACCCAGUCCAUCGACGACUUGAACAAAUGGGCCCUAUUUCUUGUUUCUCCUUUUAUACUUGAAGCAGAACACAUAGCAUUUGUGACAGAGAGCAUUUGGGUACAAAGUGAGAAUUUACAGAGACCAUCCCCCUCUUCAGAGACGUUGGCUUUAGCGGUGCACUUGCAUGAAUCCACUCUGAAGGAACUUAAGGACCAGGCCUCAAACAAGCAAGCCCAGAUCAUACAGCCAAACCCUGAAUCUUCUGUGGAGAUUAAACCUGAGCGGGACGCUAUGGCACAUAUUGGCAAAGAUGACUCAAAGGUUCUUGGUGAAGAGCCUAAACCGGUGCAAGACAGCACCUCUGGGAGAGAGCCUUCCAGGGAGAGUGACAGAGGAGCAGGCUCUGUUGAGCAUUAUCAUCUGCAUCUGUCUAGCUGCCAUGAGUGUUUGGAACUUGAAAAUAGCACCAUCGAGUCAGUCAGGUUUGCAUCUGCAGAGAACAUUCCAGAUCUUCCCUAUGAUUACAGCAGCAGUUUGGAGAGUGUUGCUGAUGAGAUCUGCCCCAAGAAAGAAGGGAGGAGAGGCAACAUCACGGGCAAGGCACCCAAUAUCCUAGUCUAUGUGGGUCCUGAUUCCAAGGAGGCCCUCGACAGGUGCCAGCAGGUCCGGGCUCUUCUGGCUGACUGUGUGGACACCGACUGUUACACUGUCUACCAGCUUCAGGAGGAAAGUGCUCUCAGAGACCCAUGGCUGGACAACUGCCUAUUGCUGGUCAUCGCCACCAAGGAGUCCGUUCCCAAAGUCCUGUACCGGAAGGUCAUGGCCUAUCUUUCUCAGGGAGGGAAGGUGCUGGGCCUGUCUUCAUCCUUCAUAUUUGGUGGCUUCCAGGUGACAAGCAAAGGGAAACUGCAGAAGACAGUCCAGAACUUGGUUUUCUCCAAGGCUGACUGUAGUGAAGUGAAGCUCAGUGUCCUGACCAGUGGCUGCAUCUAUGAGGAGGUCCCUGGGGAUCAGCUCAGCUUGGGCAAGCUCCAGGGCCACCUGGACAAUGAAGACAAGGACAGGACGAUCGUGCAAGUGCCUUUUGGAACAUGUGGAGGAGUAGCUGUUCUUUGCCAGGUGCACUUAGAACUACCUCCCAGCUCUUUGAUAGUACAAACUCAAGAAGAUUUUGAUUUGCUCAAAUCAAGCAACUGUAGAAGAUAUGAAGUUCUUAAGGAGAUCCUGACAACCCUUGGCCUAAGCUGUGAAAUGAGACAAGUUCCUGCCUUAACGCCUCUCCACUUACUGUCAGCUGCUGAGGAAACCUGGGACCCUUUUAUGCAGUGGCUGGGGAAGCAUGUGGAUCCCGAAGGAGUAAUACAAUCCAGCAAGCUCUCUCUUAAAUUUGUUUCAUCCUGCACAUCUGACAUAGAAAUAACUCCAUCCUGUAUCCCUGUUGUCACUGACUCGGAGGGCUUCUCGUCAGAAAAUUUUAACUUAGAGAUCUAUCGGCAAAAUCUGCAGACAGAACGACUUGGAAAAAUAAUUCUUUUUGCUGAAGUGACACCCACCACGAUGAGCCUUCUGGACGGGUUGAUGUUUAAGACACCGCAGGAAAUGGGCUUAAUAGCAAUCGCAGUCCGGCAAACACAAGGCCAAGGCCGGGGAAGGAACGCUUGGCUGAGCCCCAUGGGAUGUGCUCUCUCUACUGUGCUUGUCUCCAUCCCACUGAGAUCCCAGCUGGGACAGCGAAUCCCUUUUGUGCAACAUCUGAUGUCCCUGGCCGUUGUGGAGGCGGUCAGGUCCCUUCCUGGGUACCAGGAUAUCAACUUACGAGUGAAGUGGCCCAACGAUAUUUAUUACAGCGACCUCAUGAAGCUUGGUGGAGUUCUGGUCAACUCGACGCUAAUGGGAGAAACAUUUUAUAUACUUAUUGGCUGUGGAGUGAACGUGACUAAUAGUAACCCUACCAUAUGCAUCAAUGACCUCGUCACCGAAUACAAUAAGCAACAGAGGGUAGACCUGAAGCCCCUAAGAGCCGAUUUUCUCAUCGCUAGAACCGUGACCCAGCUGGAGAAACUCAUUGACACGUUUCAGGACAAAGGACCCAAUGGCGUGCUUCCCCUUUAUUAUAAAUAUUGGGUACACAGUGGUCAGCAAGUCCAUCUGGGAAGCAUGGAGGGACCAGAGGUAUCCAUAGUCGGCCUAGAUGAUUCCGGGUUCCUUCAAGUGCAUCAGGAAGGCAGCGAGGUCGUGACUGUGCAUCCGGAUGGCAACUCCUUUGACAUGCUGAAAAAUCUCAUCCUCCCCAAACAGCACUAGUCCCAGGGAGCAGGGCAGGGCAGCCUGCCCUUGUCCCUCAGUCCUUACCCGCCAGCCUGGAGUUGCGGGGGUGGGAGUGAGGGUGCAGCCGAGACCACCGCAAGCAUUCCAGUUUGAUUUCUGCUGCCUUUCCCAGCCUGUGGGUCUUAAACACUAGCUUAGGGAUAUAGGUGAUUUUCUUUUUUUCUCUCUCCAAUUACUUUGUCAAUUGAAAUUUUUUCCUGAUUUUUUUUUUUUUUUAAGGUUUAUUUUGUUGUCAUUUUAUUUGGUUUUUGACAGCAUUCUGGAGUGGAGGAUUGACAAGUGGAAGAUUUAGGUUAGGUAAGCCCCUACCAUAGGUGUGAAACCGUCCCUCUCCCGCCAACCCUUGGGCUUGGGUUUGUGUUUAUUGCCCUACUACUAUGCUACCUGUUGCGGUGGAGUGGAUUCUGACUCACGAUGACCCCAUGUGUUACAAAGCAGAACUGCUCCAUAGGGUUUUUUUAGCUGUAAUGUUUAUGGAAGCAGAUCGCCAGGCCCUUC